UUCCCCGUUCAUAAUUUAUGCUCGUACUGUAUGCGUCUGUUAGGCGCGUUACCAUGCCGACGAUGGUAACCAUUGGUGCAGGCGGUAACUAUGUAAGCGUCCUCCACAACAACCAACCAGCCAUUCUAGGUAGCCGGGGCGCUGGAAAGUUGCUGCUGCAUUUGCAGUUCCGGUGUUGUGCCGAGAGGGAUCGACUGAAAAGAAAAUGGAAAAAACCGACAAGAUGACCACGGAAGAACCGACGGAAGUGAUGAAUCUGGAACCCUCGGCCAUCAUCGGCUUCGAUGGUGUGUGAUGGACAUGUCGUGUGUGGUUUGCGGGUUCAUCCCGACCAACGGCACUUGGUGUUUCCGCUGGGGAAUGAAAUAUCCAUCUAUGAGCUGGAUACGAACAAGCAAACGUUCUUGCGUGGCCACACCAACAGCAUCUCCACGCUGGAUAUCUCGAACAGUGGCCGGAUGGUUGCCUCAGGCCAAUCGAACCACAUGGGCUUCCGGGCGUACGUGAUCGUUUGGGAUUGGGCAACGCGUAAGGAAAUCUCACGCUACGAGCUACACCGCGUGCGGGUGCAAUCGCUCUGCUUUUCGUCCAACGAUCAGUUUCUGGUCAGUCUCGGUGGCAAAGAUUGUGGUUCAAUCAUCGUCUGGGACAUUGAGCAACGCACCGCCAUCUGUGGUACCAACGCUACCAAGGAGACGACGGGCGAUGCGACCAAGGUGUGCAGCUUGAACAAACGAUUCACGACGUUCGUCUCGGGGGGCGAUCAGAAUUUGCGCGUUUGGAACAUUGACCGGGAGCGCAAACGACUAACCGUACAGGAUGUGGCCGUCGGAAAGCUGCGACGUGAGUUCACUGGGAUGCGCAUCUCACCGAACGACGACACGCUGUACGUCGGUACGAUGAGCGGGGAUAUCGUGAAGAUUAAUCUGAACUGCAACCCAAACCCGAGCGUACCAUCCCAGGACAAGAUGCCGGUGCUGCUCGGAUGCUUCGGGAAGCACAAUGCACGGAAACCACCGGGAAAGGACUGCGAGAAGUAUCACUAUGGAGUGCGCGAUUUACUGCUGCUGCCGGACGGAAAGCUCAUUAUCGGUGCCGGUGAUGGAACGAUCGAUCUGGUGCAAGAGCGGAACUGCAAUUUUAAAAACUAUCGUGGACCAACCUGGCCCGAACUGAAGUCGCUGCAUUCGACAAAAAUUGAUGGCGUUGUCACGUCGCUGCAGAUUGUACACGGCAAAACGCUCCUUAUCGGUACGAAUGGGUGCGAAAUUUAUUCACUGGAUUUAGGGAACUUCUCUUCCAGCCUGCGACUGCUUAAAACGUGCCAUACCAAUGCGGUUUAUGAUAUUGCGUUCCCAUAUAACUUUUCUUUGGUGUUUGCUACCGCAAGCCACGAAUCAAUUCGUAUCUGGUCAACUUCGAAGAUGCAGGAGUUGCUACGGAUUGUGGUACCGAACUUUGCCUCUUCCUCGAUCGUGUUCAGCCGAGAUGGAAAGAGUAUCAUCUCGGCGUGGAAUGAUGGUGUGAUCCGUGCCUUCACACCACUCUCAGGCAAGCUGAUCUACGCUAUCCCCAAUGCCCACAACAAGGGCUGCUCGUCGGUGGCCGUCACGAGCAAUGGGAAGAUCGUUGUUAGUGGCGGCAUCGAGGGGCAAGUGCGCGUCUGGAAGAUUGAUCCGUACGUACAGAGCCUGAUUGGGGUGCUGAAGGAACACUACGGACCGAUCGAAUCCGUCCACAUUAACAACUACGAUACGGAGGUCGUGUCUGCUUCGCGCGACGGUUCCUGCGUGAUCUGGGAUCUGCUACGAUUGACUCGCAAGCAUGUGAUCUUCGCUCACACGCAAUUCAUUGCCGCCCAGUACUUCCCGACCGGGGUCCAGAUACUAACGGCCGGUUCCGAUAAGCUGAUUGGUUACUGGGAAGCGUACGAUGGGAGUCUGGUGCGCGAAGUCGAAGGCUCAAAGUCCGGACCGAUCAAUGCGAUCGAUAUGAACAUGAUCGGGGAGUAUUUUGUAUCGGCUGGCACGGAUCAGAUCGUGCGGCUGUGGAACUAUCAGCACGGUGUGGAGGUAGCGGUCGGGAUCGGUCACGCCAGCGCCAUCACCUCGGCCCGAUACAGUCCCAAUGGAAAAUUCCUCGUUACCGGAUCCAGUGAUGGUGGUAUCUUUGUCUGGAAGGUGCCUGAGAAAUUCCACAUGAAAAUACCGGACGACAUUCUAACGAGCGCUACGGCCAGUAACGAGCAAGCGAAACCAUCGAGCAAAGCAUCCAGCGCCACCAAAGGAGGAAGCACCACAGGCGGGGUGGCAGAUUGUCGGAAGAGUACAACUCCACCAUCCACCGGUGGUAGCCGUACCGUGCGUGCCAAUGGUGGAAUCGAAAACGUACGCCAGAUCGAGUCGGGACGGUUCAAACGUUCCGGAAGCCAAAUCACCGAAUGUCCGGCCGUUGAUCCGAAGGCACAACCAACGGUCGAUCCGCGGGUGGAUACAGCCUCGCUGGCGGAUGAUCAGGAACCCUGGGAUACCCGAUCGAUGGCACAAUCCGUUAGCCAGAUGUGUCUUUCUGCUGGGGGUCAAUCGGUGGCCAGAAGUGAGUCAAAGGAGCACCGACCGUAA